CACAAACUGCGCAUGCGAGGAUUUGUUAAGUGACGAUUAGGCAAUAGAUUUAGUCACACAACUAAACCACAAUGUACUCCCUCACCUGCGCCGACGGCCUCCACUUCGGCCGCGACGUCUACGUGCUCGACGUGCACCGCACAUCCGCCGGCCUCGCCGCCAUCGCCUCGGACCAGUCGCUCGCGCUGCUCGACGCCGCGCGCCUGUCGCAGGGCCCCGUGCGCCGCCUGCAGACCGACCACGGCAACCUGACGACGCUGCGCGUCUUUGAUGCUAAUGCUGCGCUCGUGUGCACCGCCGGCGAGAGCGGCACCGUGGCCGUGUGGGAUCUGCGGCAGGGCGGGCGCGUGGCGCAGUUUCAAGCCAGCGAGUCGCCUAUUCUGUCCAUGGCCUGCAGUGCCGAUACCAAGACGAUUGCCGUGGGCACUGAGUUGCAAAACCACACGGCUUCCAUCUUCCUCUGGGACGUCCGCUCCAACCCCUCGGCCAGAGCGCACUACCAAGAAGUGCACAGCGACGACGUGACGGACCUCGCCUUCAACCCGAGCAACGCGGCGCUGCUCAUGUCGGGCUCGACCGACGGCCUGGUCAACGUCUACGACACGCGCAUCGCCGACGAGGACGACCUGACGCUGCAGACGUGCAACCACGACGCCUCGGUCCACCGCGCCGCGUGGCUGACGCCCACCGAGAUGGCCGCGCUGUCGCACGACGAGCGGUGCGCGCUGUACGACGUCGCCGAGGAGCGCACCACCGGCGACGCCACGCAGGACUUUGGCGACUUGCGCACCGUGCUGGACUGCCAGUACGUUGCCGACGUGACGCCCAAGUUGGACGGAAGCGGCGCUAUCCUCGGUGCCGGAUCUCAGGACCGCCAAAUGUUCGAGCUCGUCUUCCUCGCCAAGAACCCCAACGGCCAAGGCUGGGCCCUGGACCGGGACAACAGCGUCGGGCUGCCCGGCGCGCACGGGGAGGAGAUUGUGCGGUCGUUCUGCUUCUUCGACGAGGAGCACGUGGUGUUUACGGCGGGCGAGGAUGGCAACGUCAAGGCGUGGAGGCCGAGCACUUAAUUUAGAUUGGGUUAUGAGUAAACAAAAGGAUAUGAAGAA